AGUGUGAAUGUAUGAUGAACACCUUUUGCAUCUGCUACUAAUAAGGAACUGAAAUGAUACUUUAAGGUUUUUCUUUUGCUGUCGGUCUCAAAUCCUCUUUCACCACAAAUGAGGUAUAUUUCUAUCUCUUCCACUCAGUCCAUCACAUUCGACGGCCUUCUAGUCGAAGCCUAAAAAGGGGAAGUAAAACUGAUAUCACUUCUUCAGUGCCUCUCUGUAUACAACAACGCAGUGCUUGGUCAAGGUGUUCGUAUGUUCUGCCCCAGAACAGGACAGACUGCGAGCUGUUCAGAGCAGGACACGUGUUAGAAAAAGUCUGAAAGCUGCUGGAUCAACAGAGGCUGAACAUGGGCGCUGUGGUUGGACUGCUGCUGCUGCUGAUGAUGAUGAUCGGAGUCUCUCAUGGUUUGGAAACGUACUGUGAUGGCAGGAAGGAUGGAGCUCAGUGUUAUGGAGCUUUGAGAGGAACUGUGAACCUCCAGCUGAUGGACAGUGCCUCAGAAAUACCCAGAUAUGAAUGGUCACACGGCCCAACAAUAAUUCUCAAUGGGAGAAAGAAUAACAUUAUAUCUAAUAGAAUAUCAAGCAGAUCUGUUUUUACUCCCAGUAAUGGAAUAUUUAGAAUCAAUAAUCUGAGCAGCAAUGACAGUGGAAAAUAUAAACUUAUUAUAAUGAAUUCAGAUCUACAGAAGUCAGGAGAAAGGACUCUACAUUUGUCUAUUCAAGCUCCUGUGUCCUCUGUGCUGCUGGUCUCUGAGUGUCUACAGGGAGACAUGAGGGUGUCCUGCUCCUCUGUGGGAGGAGACGAUCCUCAGUACAGCUGGACUCUGGAUGGACGUGAACUGACAGACGAUGAUCUUCUCUCUGGAAAUACUGAGUCUGUAAACAUCACUCUGAAAGCAGAUGUCUCAGGAUAUCUGGUCUGUUCUGUCAGGAAUCGCUUCAGUGAUGUCUGUGGCUUCACAAUCAAUAACUGCACCUCAUUCAAUGGGACACAAAAGUGGGUCCAUCAAUCCAAUGACACUGUGUGUACAAAACCAACAACAAUCUCCACCACAUCCACAGUGGGUAAGGAGACUGACAUAGUGUCAGUUACACCCUCAACUAAUAUCACACCCUCCAAUCAAACUGAGACUUCUGGCAGAGAUGAUCCAUGGUACAGUAAGUGGAAACUCACUCUACUGCAGUGGUUUCAUUGAUGCCAUUUUCUCUUUCUUUCUUAGUCUGUCUUUAUACAGAUGCAUGUAUUGUUUACUCACCUGAAGGUCUACGGUUUGUGUGUCUUUUUUGCUCAA